CGUCCGAGUGCUAAUUAUCUAGAAAAAUGUUUCGAAUAUCAUAGCCAUUGGCACCAGCUCAAUGGCAGGCCGACGGAUCAUCGACGCCGCGAAGUUGUUCAAUGCCUCCAAAUCCGUAGCUAAGCAGCAUUUGAACCUCCGCUCGCAGCAGCUAGACGCAUUCAAUAAGACAUCCACACUCGCGAAAGCCAUCAAGGACCAGACGGAUAGGAUAACCCUCACCGCGAAAGCUGCGAUAGCAUUAUCCCAACGCUUCAAUGAACCUCCGCCUUCGUAUACCAAGUCUACCGCAUCGGACGAGAAUCCGCCAGCACAGGAUGGGAACAUUGCGAGGAAGGAGAUGGUAGACGGAGAAUGGGUACGGAAAGAUAUACAGAGGGAGUCGGAGCAAGACCGUUACUAUGAUCAGUCUGCCCAAAAUACACAAGCGGAACCGCCAGCAGAGGACGAACUAGAAAUAAAGCAAGAGGAGGCACAGCGGCGCCCAUUGCCAGAUGGAACCAUACCUGUACCGUCCAAGACCUCGGGAUUAUCUUAUGGAGAGGCCCGCAAGCUUCAACGGGAAUUCGAAUCGCAAAUACCUUCAAGAGCAGGUGAAACACAACCUUCGUUACGAUCUACAACGGAAAAGCUGUCCGAGGGACACGACCGUGAUGUUUUCUACGACAGAUCUGCGGAGACGAAACCGGAAUACUCCUCGUUGCCGAGAUCGAAGAUACCGAAGCAUACAGAAGACAUACAGGGAAGCGACGAGCACGUCCGAGAUGGGAGUUUGAACCAGGACGUGUUUUAUACUACUACGCCACGGCGGGCUCAACAGGAGGGACAGAAGGAACAGAUUCCGCACCAAGCGGCUGUUCCGGAGCAAGAUCACGUGCCGGAGGGAAUCAAUACAGAUGUAUUCCGUACACCAAAAGUGUCAAAGAUGUUGGGCGGGAAUCCCUACAAGGACAGGCCAAGUCUAGAUCUGAAAGACUCUCGGAAAGCACCAAUUGAUCGUACCAAACUUGCCUCUGCAAUGGAUCAAGCUACGUUCAAUGUCCGUUCAUCUCAAGAAACGAAGCCUACGGUACCAGAGCAGGCCUUGAGUAGUAUUCAAGCAAAUGCGGAGAAGGAAAUGCAUUAUUUUGCCUCUGAACUUGCCAAAGACGCCGAAGUUUCAUCUUCACCCACGCCACAGGUAGACCCAGUUGAAAAAGCGCCUUAUGAAUUACGCCAGUCUCGAGUGCCUUCCUCGAGGUUUGGUCGGCUCUGGCAGUAUGGUGGCUUGGCAACUAGUAUGGCAUUUGGUGCUGUGGGAGAGAGUCUCAGACGCGUGACUGGUACUGCUGCUGCAACAGGAGGCUCUCUUAUGCUGAGUCCGGGUAAUAUGGAGAUCCUAGUCGCAAAGCUCUCUCGUAUGCGUGGUGCUGCACUGAAGCUGGGGCAAAUGAUCAGCUUUCAAGACAUAAAAAUGCUCCCACCACCAAUCCACGAAGUCCUCCAGCGCGUCCAAGACAGUGCAGACUAUAUGCCUGCCUCUCAACGUGAUAAAGUCCUCGUUGACAACCUAGGACCUACUUGGCGCGAUCUCUUCUCUUCCUUCGACGAGGUCCCUAUGGCUGCCGCUUCCAUCGGCCAAGUUCACAAAGCCGUCCUCCGCUCCACAAAUCAAAGCGUCGUAGUUAAGGUUCAGUAUCCAGGAGUCGCCUCCUCCAUUUCCUCAGAUCUCUCCAAUCUCUCCAUCCUCCUCACCGCCUCUCGCCUCCUUCCAAAAGGCCUCUACCUCGACAAAACCAUCGCCAACGCACGCACUGAGCUCGGCUGGGAAUGCGACUACAAGCGUGAAGCCGAGUGUCAAACUCGCUUCCGCGACCUCCUAGCAGAUGACACUGAAGUGUUUUCUGUCCCUGCUGUAGUCGCUUCUGCCUCUGGUCCAGCUGUUCUUACCGCCGAGUACAUGUCCGGCGUCGGGGUUACCAAAAUCACAACCCUCUCACAAGAACAGCGCGACUUCAUCGGUACCCAUAUCUUACGCCUCUGCCUGCGCGAGAUCUGCGAAUUUCAUUUCAUGCAAACGGACCCUAACUGGACUAACUUCCUCUAUAAUGAAAAAACCCACAAAAUCGAGUUGCUCGAUUUUGGCGCAUCCCGAGAUUUCCCAGACGAAUUCAUAGAUCCAUACGUCCGCAUACUACAGGCAGCUGCCCGCGAGGAUAAGCCUAUGAUUCACGAUCUCUCCCUUACCCUUGGCUACCUUACCGGCGGCGAGUCGCCCGCAAUGCUAGAAGCGCACACCCAGUCCGUCCUCACACUCGCGGAGCCGUUCAAAGAAUCAGGACCGGACGUGUACGAUUUCAGGGACCAGACCAUCACGGAUCGGGUGCGAAGCUUCAUUCCGGUGAUGGUGCGGGAGAGGCUAAGUCCACCUCCCGAGGAGACAUAUAGUCUGCAUCGGAAGCUGAGUGGAGCGUUUCUGAUGUGUGCAAGACUAGGUGCGCAGGUCAAAUGCCGAGAUUUAUUUGAGCGCGCGGUAGAGGCGUACGAGGGCGGAAAAAAGAUGGGCGGGGAAAAGGGAUUCGGGUCAUGAUGUAGGUUAGUGUAAGACAUGUAUAGUACCAAAAUGCGCAUCACACUUCGUUUUGUUCCUCUUGUCUUUCCGUCGCACGAGACUAGCUUGUUCUAGCAGGACAUGUGACUUCACAAGUGAUGGCAUGGUAUAAAUUCCUCUCCCCCUUCACGCAGGAGAACUUUCAGUUCAAAUGAGCAGGGUGAUUCAGUCUCAUUUUCAGCAAAAUCCGGACGAGAUCUGCCUCAUGU